AUGCAGAACGAUGCUGGCCAGUUCGUGGACCUACCAGUGCCGUGGAAAUGCUCCUCGAGCAACCGCAUCAUUGGUGCCAAGGACCAUGCAUCUAUCCAGUUGAAUGUGGCCGAGGUUGACAAGGUCACAGGCCAGUUAAAUGGCCAGUAUAAAACCUAUGCUAUCUGCCGGGCCAUUCGCUGGAUAGGCGAGUCAGAUGAUUGUGUUCUCCGGUUGGCUAAAGCUGAUGAAAUUGUCUCAAAGAACUUUUGA